AUGUCCCCUAAACUACAGCGACAACGUCAUGAAGAAGAGGACCUUUAUUUAGAUUGGGAAGACCAAAAACAAUUAGAAGCUUUGCCUGAAGUAGAAAGAGAGAAGAUUCUUUAUGAGAGGUAUAUUGAAAGGGUGAGGGCUAAUGAAAGGAAAGAGAUUGAACAACGCGUGCGGAGUUUUGGUGAGGAGAGUGAGUCGGAUAGUUUUAGUCGGGAGAGUGAGAAAGUCUUUCCUCAGUCGAGUGCUAAGAGUACUUAUGAGGUGUUUAAGUGUAUUGUGCUUAGUAGAGAUACUUUGUUAAAGAUAGUUUAUCGGCGGGCGAUUGAUAAGCUAAAAGGGUACUAUAUCAAGAUAAGACUGCCUACUGGGUACUCAAUUUAUAAGAUAUCGGAUGUUUAUGAGGGGAAGAAGUAUGAAUUGGGUGGUAUAGUGACUAAUAAGUGGAUGGUAGUACAACGGAAGAAGGACCGGAAAGAGAUUAAUAUUCAGAGUAUCAGUAAUGUUCUGGCGACGGAAGAGGAGUAUCGGGAGUAUUUGCGUGAGAAUGUUGUGCCGGGGGAUAAGGAAGCUUUAAAGAUGUGGAAGAAGAUAUCACGGGAGGUUGAGGCGGAUUUAAGUGAGGAGGAGUUGAACUACUCUUUAUCACAACGGCGGCGGUUUUUAAGGUAUAGCAAAGUAGUGACACGGCGGAAAAUAGAGCUUAAAGCACUGCUGGAUCGAGCCCGGGAUGAGCAUAACACCGAACAAAUUGCCGUGCUAGAGAAAGAGCUAAAAGAACUAGAAGAAGAGUAA